ACCAUGUCGUCACCGUGCCCCACACACGUCAGGGGGCAACAUGCCUUUGUUUCUUCGCUUCGCUCGCUCGCUCGCUUGCUUGCCCCUGUACUGUAUGUAUAUAGCCGCCGGACCUCUCCAGACCUCACCAGCAGCAGCAGCCGCAAAAGCCAAACAAGACCUCUAGCUGGCUGACUGCUACUACCCAGCAACCACCUGGGACUGGGAGUCGAGCUCGCUCCAGCGCCCCCUUCAAUUCCGUCCUGAUACGCUCGAGCACGCUAGCCUAGCCACCGAUCGACGACGACACAUGGCGAAGGUCCACCCGGACCGCCACCCCAACGUGCUGCCGCCGUCGCCGGCUGAGGAGAAGGAGGAGGAGGCGACGUCGCUGACGGUGUGGCGCAAGUCGCUGCUGUUCAACUGCAGGGGGUACACGGUGUUCGACGGCAGGGGCGACCUGGCCUACCGCGUCGACAGCUACGACGACGCCGGGGCCGACGCCGGGGCCGUGCUCAUGGACCCCGCCGGCCGCCCGGCCUUCACGGUGGCGCGCCGGAGCCGCCUCCUCGGCCUGCUGUCCGGCCAGCAGCGGCUCAUCUACGCGGGCGAGGACACGCGGCGGCCCGCGGUGUACGCCGUCGUCAGGCGCCGCGGCAAGGCGACGGCGCGCGUGACGCCGUGCGCUGCUGCAGGCGCCGCGUACGAGGUGGAGGGGUCCUACGCGCGCCGCCGCUGCGUGGUGUACGACGCCGAGCGGCGGGUCGUUGUGGCGGAGGUGCGGCCCAAGGAGGCGGUCGUCGGCACGGACGUGUUCCGACUGGUGGUGCGGCCCGGGUUCGACGUGUCGCUCGCCAUGGCCGUGGUGGUGGCGCUGGACCAGCUGUUUGGGGGGAGGCCGUCGCUCCUCAGGAGCUGGUCCACGAUGUAGAUUCAUGUACAUGUUCUUUGUUCAGUUCAAUAUAAUCUAGACUAGAUAGAGUUUUGCCCCUGGACUUGGGGUUGUGAGUUAUCACUGGAUAUGCAUAUGAUGAUGAUUCUUCAAUCUGCCUGGCGUCGUGGGCAUCGGAGCCAUUUCUGUU